CACUCUCGCGCACACACGCCCUCUUUCUCCAUCACAAAGCUCAAGUAGCUUUCGACUCGUUCGCCGCCUUCGCUCGAUCAUUCUUCUCUCCUUCUGCCAUCUGUGCUCCCAUCCUUUUUCUUAUUGCCACCGUCGCUCCCAUCUCUCGCACCACUCCUCCUUCCGUCUUUCCUUUCCCUCUCCUUCCUUUGCGUCGCUGUCGCCGUGCUCGCCAGGUCUGCUGCGUGGCUGCCGCGUUCCAACCCCAGCUCUCCGUCUAUCUCUGUUGUGUUACUUCCCGCACUGCGCUGGGAUAGCAACGUCACCCUCCCUCAGGCAUCUCAACCAUCAGAGAGUGCACCCUCCAGUCCUUCCUCUCAUCACCCACUCGUAAACAAUCCCAAAAACCCUACCGCCCGCGCCCUCCUGCUUCGGUUCAGACUCGCCCUCGGCCCCCAGUGCCUCUCGCUCAGCUUCUGUCCGCUCCCUUAGACGAGCCACCGUCUCUGUUGACUUCACCGUCUUCAACUGCUUAUCCAACACCCAGAUCCACAACCAUCGUACCAUCUAGCAGCAACAGCUUCAGCUACCCUACUUGUUUAACCACAUAAGCAACAAGCUAUUACGACUCACUUACGGCUCUUAUUGCGUUCGCCAUCCACACCCGCACCAACGCACACGCACACGCCUGCAAUCUCCAUUACGUCUGCAUCGUUUUGAGUGUGUAACCCUGUUCUCUCCUCGCUUCAGCACAUCGUCAUGGAUCAACAAGGUCAAGGCGCCAAUCCGGCACCCAUGGGCCCCGCUGGACGCCGGCUGCACAUUGCUCAUCGACGAAGCCCUUCAGAGCUGACUCCUCUGAUGAUGGAACAACUUGCCCUCGCCCAGCAAAUUGAAUUACUACAAGCACAGCAGAACCAAUUGGCCGCCACACAUCAACAAUACGUCAAUAUGGGCAUGCUACCUCAGGGCCAGAUGCCCAACUUUCAAAUACCAGCCGGCCAGAUGAAUAUCUCGCCACAUGGCAACCAGUUUCAGUUUGCUGGCCAGAUGGCUGGCGCUCAGCACCUGAAUGUGCCAAUGAACCCCCCUGCUGCACCAGCUUCACAUCGCCGGAACCAGUCGGCUUUGCCUGGCGUUGGUUCGAUGGGCCCUCCGCCGGUGCCAAACAACGGGAAUAAUAACAGCAAUACUCAAGGUCGUGAGAACGUUGCUCCACGCGGUCGUGGUGGUGGCGCGGCAGGUGGAGGACAUACUCGACGCCAUUCUCUUGCCUUGCCCGAAGCCAAGAAAGCCGCCGAGCUGGCAGAACAGAAACGAAAAACGAAUGCCUUCCAAUUUCCUUCACCUAGCACCACAAACGCCGAAACUCCUAAUGCUAAUGAAGCGUCUUCUCCUUCAACAGGUACCGCACAACCAGCACAAGCCGGGACCUCUUCUACGCGGGGACGUGGUGGAGGCCAUGGACGAAGCCAGAGUAUGGCUGUUGGCCGUGGCGGUGGUCAGGCUGGCCGUGGUUUCCAGUUUCCCCCCCCGCAAGCAACAAACGAUGCUGGCCAGCAGCAGGGUGGGUCAGACUUUGUACGAAGAGGCAGUCAGGGACACGGACGCUCUAGCUCUCGUAAUUUCGAGGGCAACUGGAGACAACCGAACAACAACCAAGUGCAGUCGCAGGAUCAAUCGCAGGGGACCAUGGGCAACUUUAGCCUGGGACAGAAUGCGGCGGCACCUCCAUUCCAACCGGGCCACCGUGCUCGCGGUUCGGUCAACCAACAGUCUAUCAGUAGUAUCGGGAACUUCCAGUAUGGUGGUCAGCCGCAGAUGAUGGGGUUCAACCAACAAAUGAUGCUUCAGCCGAAUUUGCUUGCAGCCCAAGGCUUGAACCCGAUGCAGUUCGCUCAGCUUCAGGCACUACAGCAGAUGAAUGGCAUGGGCCUCCAAGCCAGUCAACACGCGCCACAGUUAUCUGUCGGUGGGAACCAGCAGCAGAGAAAGACCCUUUUUACACCGUACCUCCCUCAAGCUACGCUACCGGCUUUGUUAGGCAAUGGCCAGCUCGUUGCAGGUAUACUCCGGGUCAAUAAGAAGAAUCGUAGUGAUGCCUACGUGACAACAUCCGAUCUUGACGCCGAUAUCUUCAUUUGUGGCAGCAAAGACCGUAAUCGAGCCCUUGAGGGCGAUCUUGUCGCUGUUGAGCUUCUCGAUGUCGACGAAGUCUGGUCCCAGAAGCGCGAGAAGGAAGAAAAGAAAAAGCGCAAGGACAACACCGACACGCGAACUAGCAGCAUCAACGAUGCUACAACCCAAGCAGAACCUGCCGGUGAUGGAUCUAUUCGUCGACGUGGUAGCCUUCGACAAAGACCCAUGCAAAAGAAGAAUGACGAUGUCGAAGUUGAAGGUCAAAGCUUACUUCUUAUUGAGGAGGAAGAAAUCAACGAUGAACAGAAACCUCUUUACGCCGGCCACGUCGUCGCUGUCAUUGAACGCAUCGCCGGGCAAAUGUUCUCUGGUACCCUUGGUCUGCUUCGCCCAUCCAGCCAAGCCACAAAGGAGAAGCAAGAAGCAGAGCGCGCUGCCCGUGAUGGGGGAAACCCCAGGGAGCCACAGCGAACCCAAGAAAAGCCCAAGAUCGUCUGGUUCAAGCCCACGGACAAGCGUGUCCCACUUAUUGCCAUCCCUACUGAGCAAGCACCACGUGAUUUCGUUGAGCGUCAUCAGGACUACGCCAACAAGAUCUUUGUUGCCUGCAUCAAGCGCUGGCCCAUCACUUCUCUUCACCCGUUUGGCACUCUUGUCGAAGCCCUGGGUGAGAUGGGUGACCUCAAGGUUGAAACUGAUGCCUUGCUGCGAGAUAAUAACUUCGGACCCGACGACUUCACAGAUGCUGUUCUGAAGAACGUUGGUUUCGAGGACUGGUCAGUGGCGAAAGACGGUGAGGCUGCUCUUGAAUCGCGUCGUGAUUUCCGUGGUGAGAAAACCUUUACAAUUGAUCCCAAUGGCUCCGAUGAGCUCGAUGAUGCCAUUCACUUCAAGACACUGCCUGAUGGCAAAGUUGAGAUUGGUAUCCACGUUGCUGAUGUAUCUCACUUCAUCAAGCCCAAUUCACUUGUUGAUCGUGAAGCUAAAAAGCGCGGUACUGCGGUCUAUCUCAUGACGCGUACGGUCAACAUGCUUCCGCCACGUCUUUCGCACGAGCUAUGCUGCCUUAGCCCUGGGCAGGAGCGUUACACGAUGAGUAUUGUCUUCAGGGUUGACCCACAGACUGGUGUCAUCAAUGAAAGCGAGACUUGGAUUGGAAAAGGAGUGAUAAAGAGCUCUGGUAAACUGACCUACGACGACGUCGAUGCCGUCAUCUCUGGCAAAGGCACCCAUGAUCUCGAUGAAGCUAGAGUAAAUGACAUCAAGAUGCUUCAUCAUAUCACAACUUUGUUCCGCCAGCAGCGGUUCAAGGGUUAUCCUGAUCGCAUCCCACCUCUGCGACUACUGUACCUUAUGGAUGACGAGAAUGUGCCAGUCGAGGCCAACAUCUUUGACUCUUCUGCGGCUCAUGAACUGAUCGAGGAGCUCAGCCACAAGGCGAAUGCAUUUGUCGCCAAGAAGCUUGUGGAAAGCAUGCCUGAGAAGGCUCUUGUUCGGCGACACCAGCCUCCCAGCAUUCGACGGCUGCAGACGUUCACGGAAAGGAUGAGUCACAUCGGCUUCGAGAUUGACACAGAAAGCAGCGCCACUCUCCAAAGCAGUCUCUUCGAUGUCAAAGAUGAUGACGUACGCAAGGGAAUGGAAACUUUGCUUGUCAAAUCCAUGCGACGUGCACAAUACUGCGUGUACGGACGCCAGGAGGAUUGCACUCACUGGGCACUUAACCUGCCGCUCUACACGCACUUCACGAAUCCGUCCCGCCGGUAUGCCGAUAUUGUCGUUCACAGGCAACUUGAGGCUGUACUCUCCAAUGGCACGAUUGAGUUCACCGAAGAUGCAGAGUCCCUUGGAAAGACGGCUGAUAUGUGCAACGUGAAGAAGGACUCUGCCCGUGCGGCACAGGAACAAAGCGUCCACAUUGAGGCUUGCCGGAAGAUGGACAAGAGGGCGAAAGAGAUCGGUGGUGACUUGAUCAGCGAUGGUAUCGUCCUCUGCGUCUACGAAUCUGCGUUCGAUGUCCUCAUUCCCGAGUGGGGCUUUGAAAAGCGAGUCCACUGUGACCAGUUGCCACUCAAGAAGGCCGAAUUCGACAAGAGCAAGCGACUACUUGAGCUUUUCUGGGAAAAGGGCGUGCCGUCCUCAGCUUAUGUACCGGAGGACGAGCGACCAAAAGCUGGCCAGGGCCGUGGCGCUGCAGCUGCCGCCGCUCGCGACGCUGAGGUCAAGCAACAGCAGGCUAAGGAGGCUGAAGAGGCUAAGCGCCGCAAUAUGGACACCGGAUCAAUGAAUGCCGACGAAGUUGAUGCAUUGUUUGAAGACGAUGAUGAAUCCGUUACUGACUUGGCUGAGAUGACCUCUGGUGUUUCUCUGACCGCUGGCGUGUCUGCCGACCGACCUACGCAGAGCAUGCCUCCUUCCCCAACUCGCAAUGAAGCGUCCCAGACGCCACAUCGCACCAGCUCUGAUUCGCAACUCAAGCAGAGCGCCGCCGAUGCUCCAGAGAGCAAGCUUAGCAACAAGGAAAAAUACCUCAGCAUGUUCACUCUUCGCGAAGAGGGCGGCGAGUACAUUCAGGAGGUUCGCGAGAUGACUAGGGUACCCAUCAUUCUGAAGACGGAUCUGUCCAAGAGCCCACCAUGCUUGACUAUUCGCUCUGUCAAUCCUUUUGCCUUGUAGAUGCGUCAUGGCGAAGUCCGUGAACAUCGAUGUGCGAUUUCAUACACUUUUAUCCGCAAGCGUGCUCUUCCGUGAGAGAGCCUGCCGCUGACUAAAAGCUCAAAUUUCAUUCCGUCUUGUGUUUAUGAGGAACAGUCCCCUAGUCGCUCCUUUACAUACACGCGCACUGGAUUCCAGACGACGGUAUCUUCAAUAGGACAGGUAUGGCGUGUGAAUUCAAAAUAGACUGCAAUCCCGUGUCAUCGAGAUGGCUGGAACGCCGCUCGAAUGAUGGAUGUUUUGUGGCAUAAUCAACUGACACGCGCAGAAGUGGGAGGGAUCAAUUAUUUCAGAAUGAGCUGGUCAAGCACGCCAAGCAACGAUGGCAUCAUAUAUCGUGUCACUGUGGCUGUACAUGGUUUAGGCACUGUAGUAAAUUCCCUCUCAGUGCUUUGGAAGGUAGUGUUUAGUCAUUGUAGGCCGUAGCGAGUGAAGCCAAAAAAAAUCAGAUUGAGAGAAUUUUCAUAGCAAAGAUUAUCUCGGUG